GCUUGGCUUGGCCUUGCCCGGUCCGGUCCGGUCCGGUAUUGUCCGACCCAAAAUCCAAACCUUGUGGGGCUAGAUCAUGCUUUAUGUGCACUUGAGCGCAAACGCGAAGGCCAGCUUCUCAGUCUGCUUGGACGAAUAGGCAUCGCAGAGGGUGAGACGAAGACGGGAAGAGGGCGCAACGAAGCCAGUCUGACCGAGAGGCGUCUGGCGUACGCGAAUUGGUCAUGUGAGCGAGGCGGAUGUGUGAAUCACCCUCAUCGCUGCUGGGUGGAUGGUACAAAUUGCCUUAGACUCAUCUCGAUCGUUGUCGCCAGCCUCAAUAUGGCCUCAAAAAGGCGUACUGACAUUGACAAGCCUCAUCUCGCUUAG